CAAUCGUUUUGGAAAGGUUGAAGGGCGCUGAUUUGGUGAAGUAUUCAGAAUAAAAAAUGUUUUCCUCCCUUUCCUUAAAAACAUCCGGAAUUUGUUACUGCAGAACCAAACUUUAGCGAUAUUUAUCUGUGAACAAAAAUUCUGUCAUUAUGGUAAAGAUAUUCCUUUUUAAAACUAUACUGCGUAAUUAGCAAGGAGCCUUAUGUAAUGCUAAACACGAUUUUCUUCAUAAAUUUCAGCUAAUAUUUUUGCUUUUUCGCUAAGCAACAAGGUAAGCAUUCUAUUAGUGUUAUGUCCUACGAUAUACAGAUAUAUGUCUUUCAUAUUUAUUGCUGUUCGGGCUGAAUUGAUGUUAAGAAAAUUAGACAGGUAAAUACGACAUUUAUACACCUGCAGAUGUUUUUACUUCCUCUUCGAUCUCUUAGAUGUUUCCAGAUCAAUCUCAGAAGAUGAAGACUGUUAUGCAUAAACGAAAAAUAAAUUAAAACGAACACAAGAGAGACGAAGAUAGUAACAAUACAAUUGUACCAAAAAUGACUAGAGGUGAUGUGAUGGUACACGAAAGCAAUCUGUGGCUCGCUACCCAAGGUCAAUGUAAACGUGAUUAGUUAUUAAAUGUUGUCCGUGAUCAGUGUGAAGCAUUAAUCACAGGCUUGUGCAAUCUGCUCAGCAUUCACUCAUUCAAUCAUUCGAUUUUAAUCACCUAAAAACAUCCGGCAUCUAAAUAUGAGUUCAUCUAAUAUACUCCCACGCAAAACAAGGUUGGCGUACUCUAUGAUCUUUUUAGAGCUGCGGUUCGUUAAAUUCAUUUUACUUGCAGUGCUUGUACAAAUACCAAAUCAGUGCCGAGUAAUUUCUCAUUAUACAAGAGGAUUACACACGUACAAGAGAGUAGGUGAGUCGUGGAAUCCCUGGCUGGCGAAAACUGAAUACAAACUACGGCUUCAAAUGUAUAAACAAAGCGCAGCUUUUAACUCUCGCUUCGCUCUCUUGUUAAAAGCUCAGCUUAUCUACUUUUAUUAACGGUUCUUCUUUUGCAGCCAUUUCAGGAAUUGCGUGUUGCGAUGAUAAUGAGUACUUGAAGGGUUAAAAUGUCGACAAGUGGAACCAGAACGUCUUCCGAGAUAAGAGGUUUUGAGGUAAGCAUCAGCUCGGAGAGGGACAAAAAUGGUGGCACCCAAGACAGGGAUAUCCCGGAUGAUCUCAACGAAAAGAAAUCGAGAUCCAGACUUCUGAGGUUUAGGAAACGUACUUCAAAAUUGGCUGAGGUAAACGAAAAACUGAGCAAAGAUAAGGAUGAGAACAAGAACCAGGAGCCAGCUGUGUCCUCAGCAAGUGAUUCCCAGCAAAAAACGUCAACAGAAGAUAUGUUCACUGAUGUGUUUGAGAACAUUCAGAUGCAGCUGGAAAUCAUCGGAGGCCUGCGAGAAAAGCCUUGGACUAUGCAGAGAAAGUUACAAAUAUUAAGGUAAACACGUAGCAAAGAACGAUUUUCAGAACCACGCACAGUUGUAAGGAUCGGUUAUUAAAUAUUUGCAAGCUCAUUUGCAAGCACCAUGCGGUGAGUGCAGAACAUUUGAGAUGGACAAAUGAAUUGGUUUGUUCCGUCGCA